CCUCCUCGACUCCGUGUCCAGUUCAAUACUAUUACCUCUUUUCUCACAGAGGCUUUGGUACAUUUUCUUGAUGAUUUAGGACUUGCAGACCCUCUCGAGGUUUCCCUGACAGUUGCACUAUUCUGGAUAUAAACAUGUCGGCGAUGAAUAGUGAUCAGCUGCAUCGCUCCACCUUGGGCAUUUACUCGACCUUGAUGGACGAGUUCAACCCAAGUCUACAGAAACUGGUCUUACUGGGUAACAGCUACAUCCAAGCUUUCCAGGCUCUUGCUGUAACAAGUGAGGCCUACUUCAGUGCACUUUCAAAGAUUGGAGAGAAGGCUUUCCACACUUCAUCCUCACGCUCCAUAGGAGAUGUCCUGGUUCAGAUCUCUGAGAACCAAAGAAGACUCACCAUGGAGCUGGAUGGAUUAUUCCGCUGGUUCAGUACGGAGGUUCUUCAGGAGAUGGACAAAAACAUUAGACUGGACAAAGAUUACAUAUCGGGCAGCAGGACGCAGUAUGAGAUGGAAGUCCACAACCAGGCAGCAGCUCUGGAGAGACAGCUGAGGAGAGGAGCCAACCAGGACUGCAGUGAGUAUGUGCAGUUCCUCAGGGAGAGCCACAGAGACGCUCUGAAGGAGGAGGAGAGACGAUACCGCUUCCUGUCUGAGAAACACUGCGGCCUGAUACAAUACAUCGCCCGCCUCAUGAAUAAGACGGGAGGUUCUCUCCAGCAGAGAGCUGAUGCCUGGGCAGAUGAGGUGAACGCCACCAGAGGACCCGAGGCCAGGCGACCCACUUCUGUGGACAACUCUGUGGGGAUGAAGGACGAGAUGAGGAAGAACAGAGAAGAGCCGGCCCUGGGUAACAUUCCUUCACGAGCUCCGUCUCCCCAGGGAAGCAUUUCUCGCUCUACAGGAGCAAGAUCCGUUAGGGCAAAGGCGGACCACCAGCCUGGUGGCUCUAACCCCACCCUGCUGCCCUUCAGCAGGGGGGAGAUGAUCACGGUGCUGGUGGGACAGGCCAGGAACGGCUGGCUGUACGGACGUGCUGACAGCAGCUCACGUCAGGGAUGGUUUCCAGCCUCGUUUGUGAAAGCAGUUGAUGAUCCUCCAAGCACAACCAGCUCAGGCUCCUCACUCCGAAGCAGCAGCAGCAUGAGCAACAUGCCCGACCAAUCAGGAGGCAGCAGCUACAACGGAGGCCCGCCCCCUCCACCUCCACCACCAAUGUCUUCAAGUAAACAGCAAGAGAUGCAACCAAUCACACCGACCCUUGACAGACGGACUGAGUCUAAAUCAGAAAAAAAGAGAUCAAAACCACAUGGACAACCAGAACUCUUCCCGAGGGGUACCAACCCGUUUGCCACAGUGAAGCUGAAGCCCACAAACACCGAUGACAGAUCGGCUCCAAUCUUGUAUCGACGAUGACGUCUUAACCCUGAAACACAGCUCAUUCUUGACCUUGGAAAUAACAGAGUAUAUAUGUGGUUGAAUGUGAGUAAGUGGGCCUUGAGUGCCUCUAUAUUUGCCAAAGAUACACAUAAAACUGGAGAAAGAGGAGAAAAAAAUGUAUAAAUAUUUGAUCAUUCUCGGGUUCCCACAAGGACUGUAGAUGUAUUUUAGGUCUCGGUGAACCGGCAACCAUCAUCAUGUUUCUAUAAGGAUUUUAUUCUUGUUUACUUUUCAUAAUUGCCUCUGGUUUUAAUAUUUGUAUAAUAGUAAAACUCAAUCAUUGUGAUGUAAAUGUGUUCACGUAGCACAAACUAAUAUGUAAAUUGAUCUUACCUGCUCUUAAAUAAUCAUACCUUUAUGUUUUAUUUGCACUAAAAUUCUGACUGGUGAAUGACUUACAGUAGGAAUAAAUGAUAACUGCCUAUGAGGUGUUAAUAGUGUACAGUUAAUGUGAGGAAUCAGUGUUGACAGGUGUUAUUAAAAGCUCAGGGAUGCGUGAUAAAUAAUAUUUUCUCUGUUUUUAUUGUAUUGCAUUUCAGCCAUUUUUAUCUACAUGUUCCGCCGAAUUAAGGCCAUUAAUACAUAUUAAUUGCAUGACUAAUUUACUUUGGAAAAUGGCUUGUAGAAAAUGAAAAUGUAACCUCUGGCGUUAUAAUGUGAUAUCUUGUAAGAAAUUAGACACAAAAAUGUAUUCUGAGCCAGAAAUGUGAUGAAAAAUGCAAUGCAUUCAUGGAUAAUGUAAAACCAUCUUUAUAGCAUCAUAUAAUUACUUCAACCAGUGAGUUUCACUUUAUCAGCAGGUGGCUUUUUUUUUUUUUUACUGAUGUCUUAAUGAUAACAUUGAUCUAUAUUGAUGUAAUAUGCAAUAGAAACUAACAAGAAUAAAAAAUAAGUAGUUACAUUAUUAAAAAAUAAUUUUAUUGCACCAUUAGUUAAAGCUCCUGACUCGCUGAUUUUAAAUAUUUAGUAUUUUUCAUAUAUCAAUAUAACAAUAAUGUUGA